GUUGUAUGUAAGUAGCUAAUACAUUCUGAAGUGUGUUUAUGCAAAUAUGCAGCAGUCAUUAAAGAUGUUAGAAGAACCAGAAAUAACCCAGCUUUGCAGCAAUUUAAUUUCAUUUACCUAUUUUCUGUACUAUUUUUUAACUAUUGAUUGCACUUAUAUUACCUUGCAUUAAUUAAUAAUAAUAAUAAAGUUGUCAUAAAUAAUCUGAAAACUGUAAUACAUACAGUGCUGUACAGCGUUCAGUACACAGUAUGACAGACUGAUAUUUUCUGCCUGCUGACAUGCCCUCAACCUGACACAGGGAAGACAAUAUAUAGUCCUAUACUCGAACAAAAUUCAAACCCCUCGGCUAAGACAAAAUCCAAGGAAAACAUGCAGCAAAGCUACUGCACAAAUAAGGUCACUGGUUCCUGUUCAGCUGCAGUGUGUUGACUGUGAUUAAUAUGACUGAUCAAUAGGGAUUAAGUCAGAUCUGCAUGAACGCUGUGAUGUGACGACUCUGGCCACCGGGUGGGGUUAUUUACCCAUCUCACCGGCUCAGUGAAUGCAGGCAGGCAGAUCCGCGCUUCAGUUUUUUGGCCAUCUUCGCAGCUUAACCUGAGAAAUAUGGAUUUUAUUAACUCAUUAAUAACAAUGUUUACGCUAGGAUGAUGUACAAAACACUCGGGCGACUCUUACCUAACGUUUGUGUAAUUAGUGUGCUUAAUCAUUAGUAAUGGAUGCACAGCUGCGGGGGCUUAUGUAAAAGGCUUAAGACAAUAGUGGUCACCUGGAGAACAAAUGAGGUGGCACUAAUACUCCGGAUGUGUCCGUUAAUGCGUCAGCGAGGUGGACUGGUGAGCUCAUCCAGCACAACAUGGACACAGCAGAUAUCCGUUUAAUUAAACAUGACCCGAGGGGAAUCACCAUGCACUGCUGACUUCUCGGCAGACAGACACAGCCUCUCAGUUGAAGCAGGAGAAAACAGGCGCCAUGGACUCCAUCAACGUGGAUUCAGAGGCUGCGGGGGAAGUCACUGGAUUACAUCAAUUUCUUUAACCUACACAUUUUUUUGGAUCAUGGGACCAUGGCAGUUAGAAAAUCUGCUAUACAGUCAUGGAGCACUAUUUUUGUCACAUUUUGUUAAUGAGUAGUUAUUUAUCUGUGUGGCUCCAGCUUACAAAGUAUAGGGAUGCUACUGUAACAGCGGUGUAACUUGACUGUUCCGGUGAGGACUAACAUCAGUAUUUUGUCAUGCAGUUUGGGCGAGCGAAGCUAAAAUAGUCUGGUCCUCCACCAUACUUUCAACUCUCCCCAAAUCCCCUGCUGCUCCUCUUCCACCCUGACAGCCGACUCCAGAUAUCCUCCUGCCUGGAUGACUGUGGGAAGAGUUUCCAGACACACACCAUGGCUCACUCCUCUCACUCCCUUGCCUGGAGGGAGAUGACAAAUGGAGGAGGGCACCCCCACUUUAACAGCGGAGGCCAUAAUGGGGGUUCCCACAGCACCACGCGCUACAUGCUGAAGAAACAGCAGCGCCACAGACGCAGGUCCUCAUCACCAAUGGGGAGGGUCAUUCUCAUCAAUGCACCCGUUGAUGGAGGAGAUGACUGUGAAGACAUUCACACAGUGACUGUAGAUAAGAGUCCGGAUGGGCGUUUGGGUUUCAGUGUGCGCGGGGGCUCUGAACACGGCCUCGGUAUCUUCGUCAGCAAGGUGGAAGAUGACAGCUCUGCAGCGCAGGCUGGGCUGACUGUGGGCGAUAAGGUGGUGGAGGUGAAUGGUGUCAGCCUGGAGAGCAUCACCAUGAGCAGUGCUGUGAAGGUCCUGACAGGCAACAACAGGCUGAGGAUGGUGGUGAGAAGGGUGGGCAAGAUUCCUGGCAUCCGCUACUCCAAGGAGAAGACCACAUGGGUGGAUCUGAUUCACCGGCGGAUGGUCGUGGAGGAGAGCGGUCGCACACCGUCAGAGGCCAGUUCAGACAGCGCUCUCCGCAGGAUUGUACAUCUCUUCACAACAUCUGAUGACUACUGUCUGGGAUUCAACAUCAGAGGAGGCAAAGAGUUCGGACUGGGGAUUUAUGUUUCUAAGCUGGACCCAGGUGGGCUUGCCGAACAGCAUGGCAUCAAAAUGGGCGAUCAGAUCCUCGCUGCCAACGGGGUGAGCUUUGAUGACAUCACCCAUAGCAACGCGGUCGAGGUACUGAAGAGCCACACCCACAUCAUGCUGACCAUCAGGGAAGCUGGAAGAUACCCCGCUUUUAAGGAGAUGGUGGCAGAAUAUGGUUGGCUGGACAAACUAGCAAACGGGAUCCCUGCACCAUCCUCACAGGGUUCGGACUCCAACUCCUCUGCCUCCUCGUUGUCCUCCAGCACCCCUCUCAGCUCCCUCAGUGGCCUCUCCCAGGUCCUUUUCCCUCCUGUCUUCGGCUCUGAGAUGGUGGACAUCGCCAUCUCCACAGAGGACCUCUCCCGACGUCCAAGAAGCUCUGAGAGAACCGCUGACACGGCCAUGCAGACUGACCCGCAAGCACCUAACUAUCAAGACCACCCGUCACCUAACGCGUCACACCCUGAGAGGCAGGUGACCGCAGAGACCAGCCGGACUUUUGGUGCCACAGUGCUGCUGAAGGACACAGUCAUACACGGGAAAGGGGAAGGGCAGAGGGAGAUGGGGGGAGCCAGAGAGGGAGGACGCGGGCGGACGAGGACACUGUCAUCUGGAGAACAGGAAGUGGAGAAACACUCACCUAAGACGGCGGCACUUAUGGCCCUGAGCAAACCACGCAAGCCAAUCAGACGUUCCCAGAGCCACAUCACUGUGUCAGAGGACAGACAGAAGAAGAAGAGGCAACAGAGUGAGAAGAGAUCGUCGGAGGGAAAAAACAACCUGCAGCGCUCCAAAACCUUUGUUAACCUGUUGUUUAGGAAAGACCGUAAAGAGAAGAGCCGCUCCAAGUCAGAAUCCCGCCAUGCUGACAAAGAUAAAGAGAGGGGUCGUCCGUUCCAGCUCUUGACCUCCCCGAAGGAGUCCCGCGCUGGCGGCCCACUGCCCCGACUCGAGGCCCUGCAGCAUGUGGAGGACAUGGCGAAGAGACUCCUCAGCCAGGACGAGGUGGCAGCCGUGAUGAGACACUGUCGGCGGUUUUUAUCUGACACUGGCGUUGAGGAUUUAGUGCGUCCCCUUCUGGCAAUCUUGGACAGGCCAGAGAAACUGCUACUUCUCAGAGAAAUAAGGAUGCUGAUACCUACCACCGAGCUGGCCCGCUUUGACAGCAUGGUAAUGCCUUUUGAGCUGGAGGCGUAUGAUAUUCUCAAGAGUCGCUCUAUGCGUUCUCCAGCUCUGCGUUCCCCUCGCAGUGGAACGCCCCGACGUCACCUCAUCACCCCCAUCCCUGACUACAGGGGCGGAUUCCACCUCCAGCCGGUCAACGACACAAUGCGCGAGCAUCAAUUGAUUGAGGAGUUGUACAGACUCCGUGUGUCCGGCCACCAGUCAGGCCAUCUGCCGCCAUCCCGUGCCUUCACCCCUCUCCUGGAUGUACCCGUGGACAACUACGCCUCCUCCGCUGUGCGCUCCCGUUCUCCAAGCCCCUCGCCCACACACAGCUUCCUCCUCACAGAAUCCCCACACAGCACCCAGCGUGGGCGCCAACCACAUCGCUCCCCGAACGCCAGGGAGAACAGCGCGCCUCGUUAUGACGAGGUCUCUCUGUUGUCUGUGUCUGACCGAGGGGAUGCAGCUCCUGAGCGAGGGAGGUCGCCCGUGAGGAACGGCCACGGGAGAGGAAGAAGGGAGGGGAGCCCUGACAGCGUCUACAGCAGACCGAGCAGGAAAGAGGGCUACACAGAGGUCAGCGUACGUGUUCCUUCACAGCGGAGAGGGAGAACACCUCUGGCUGAUGUUUUUGACCCUCAAAAGGAGAGGAGCCCGUCAACAGGUAGAGGGAGGAGUCAGCACGUCAAUGGACAUUCACAAAAUGAAGUGAGAAGAAAAGAAACUCUGCCACCUGAGGAGUAUGAAAUCACCACGUUGACCAUCUCCAAGGCCAAGCAGUCGCUAGGUAUUAGUAUCUCUGGAGGUAUGGAGUCAAGGGUUCAGCCCAUGAUAAAAAUUGAGAAAAUCUUCCCAGGAGGAGCUGCAUCUACAAAUGAGGCUCUGAAGGCAGGAUAUGAACUGUUGUCCGUCGACGGAGAAUCUCUGCACGGAGUGACUCAUCUACACGCCGUGGACGUGAUUCGCCGCGCGUUCAGCAACAAAGCCAAAGACCCGAUGGUUUUUGUGGUCAAGGUCCCCAAGGUCCCCUCCACCUCCACCAGCCCCAACUGAACCGCUGACUAAACUUUGUGUGCCUCACAGCAAGAUCGCUGCUCGGGCAUGAAGGACAACGAAACCUCCCGUGGGGCUGAAUAAACUACAGGAUUCACCCAAGAAGAAGAAACAUGGGACAGGAAGAGCUCCAUUCAUAGGAGAGAGGAGAUUUAUGAUUAAAUGCGUCCGACACUUUUUUUUUUAGACGUUCACUAUCAGUCAAAAGUUUGGACACACAUGAGAAGCCGUGUCCAAACUUUUUAGUGUAUAUAUUUUACUAUUAUGAAUACUCUUAUAAAUCUCUUUUGCUACAGUGAAAUGUAGGAUGAAGCCCAGACAUUCCAAGUGUAUAACUUUUAUAACAUUCUCGUUUUAUUUAUGAACACGUUGCACAUUAACUCCACAAAAAAAACAUUGUUUUCUAAAAGGUGUUUUAUGAUGAGAUUAUAUGCUUCAUGAACUUGGUUAAAAUUGUGCCACUGUUUCAACACGUGGCAACCUCACAGUGACCUGCGAUCACUGCCCGACAGUGGUCCGCACAUUUUACUUGGAGCAUCCCGGCCCCACAGCCCCACCAGAGGGAGAUUACCCCAGCCCGCGCUAUGAGGUUUAUAGAUUUAUACCCAGAUUAAACCCCUGUAUUAUGUCAAAACUGAUAGUUUGGGUUUAGAGGAUGUCAGCAGGGAUUAUUACAAUUUGCUGGUCAGUAUUUUUGUGCUGUGUUUUUCUGGCAGAAGUGCUUGUGCUCUGGAGCAAUCCGCCACUUUAGAGGCUUAAUUACACCAUGCUAUAGACGGAGCUUAUGCAGACAUGUGGAGGAGCUGGAAAAACAUGUCAGUGAGCAACGCGGGACAUGGAUGCCAGUGGCACAGUUUGAAUCAAAGCAGGGCAGGGGAGAUAUAUGGAGGAAGUAGCGUGCAUAGUGCCUUACUUCUGCAGACCACGAUGAAAUGUUACUAAAUCGUGGUUUAACAAGCACUAAAAAAGCUCAAGGUGAAUAGUUUCCUGGCAUGCUAUUAAAUUUUAAAGAUGAAAGGGAAUGAGUGCAUGCCUCUGGUAUUACCAACGACUUCAGACACAUGACUCAGGUAAACACUCAACAGCCACUUUAAGGUGUGACAACUUGUUCUUUAAUUAAAAACACAGUAAUUUGUACAAGAAAUGUACACAUACAAAUAUACACGGACAACUACAUACAACAUGAGUUAAUGAAGACACAACGUAAACAAACAAAAAGGAUGAAAAAAAGAAUGCCACAAAAAAAAAACAAGAAAUGUGCUACGUUGCUUUGGUCUAGUCACAGUGGCUACAUUUGAAAUAGAUAUUUUUUGUCUAAAUAAAAGACAAUGUCACUCUGUUAUACUAUUUAGUGUUUUACAUAUUUACAAAGAAAACGGUUAUGUAACAAUGAAGAGAACUGAGAUAUGACAAGAGUAAUGGAAGUCCAAGAUGCACACCAUCGGUGAGAGAGUUGGUUUGUUUCGCAAGACCUGUGCUUGUGGUUAAUAUGUGGUGAGUAAGUAACAGUCUAUGUCUGGUUAGCAGAGUGAGUGUUCCACUUCAAGUCCCUUCCCGUGGCUUUACUGUAACAGUCGAUGCACAUUUCAAACUUUCAUUAUCUCACAAACCACAGCUAAUGUGGUGCUGUCACACAAAAUAUUGCUCCAUCCAGCUCGGCUGAGUUUUCCAAGUAUGGGAAACGUAACACUUUCUUGGCUUGCAACAAAUCUCUCAAAUUGGUAUAUAUCUCAUGCAUUUAUAAAUGAAAGGCAAAACCCAACGAUGACGACAUGAAUCGGUGUGAUAGUAUGAUACUGACAAUCAAGUGAAAGAUCAAUUGAAAUGGAGAGACAACAGGUCGAAACUGAGGCCAAAAUAAAAAAAACAUAAUAAAAAAACGCUUCCCUUCAGUAUUCAUCACCUGCAAAGUUUGGUCAUUAGAACGUUUUCCACACACAGAUUAUAUGUAAACAUUAAAUUUUUCAUGCAUUACAGUAUUAGGUGCACUCCUUCUAAGCUGCUGCCUCCAUUUGUAAUUGAUCCAUCAUUUGAAAUAUAUCGGUAUGCGAUAACACAUUAACUCACAGUUAUACCAGUACUACCACAAAAUAUCUUCGGGUGCUAUAUAUAGAAAAAUAUACAACAUCUCCUCCUUUAUAUAGAUUUCCAUUUGACUAUUAUUCCUCGAUAUAGACUCUUUUGCAAAAUAAAAGUUCUCAGCAGCCCAUUACCGCCAUGCUCAGUGUCAUACACAG